AUGGCCGACUCUGCACCCAAAUCGUACUCUACGGACCCUGCGCUUUACCUAUACACUUCCUUGACGGCUGGAUCGUCGCACAUAGUUACUGCUACUUCCCGGCUCGAAACGAUACUGAGAGCAAACAGGAUCCCCUUCAAGGCUAUCGACCUUGCGACGGACGAGAAAGCCCGCAUGCUAUGGGGUCGAAGAGCAGGAAAGGAUGAAUCGGGUCGUGCUAGGAAGAUUCCAGGGCUGGUGCAGGAGGGGAUGGUAGUUGGGGAUCUUGUAGAAAUCGAAGAUUGGAAUGAGUAUGGCGAGUUGAAGCAGCAUGUCAAGAUUGUCGGCGUGUCGUCGACACCAGCACGGCCAAUAACGACGACUUCCAGCGCACCCUCCAAACCUCCUGUCCCACAAGAGGAUAAAAAGUCCGAGCCAGCUCCGGCAGCAGAAGCUCCAAAGGCUCCCGAACCUUCGAAAGCUUCCGAGUCCUCAGAUUCCCCUCCAAGCAGCUCAGCGGCACCAAUAUCUUUAGCGUUGCGACAACUGGGUCAAGAAGCAGCAGAGAAAGCUAAGGAUAUCAAGAAGAAAGCCGCAGAGACACGAAGUGGAGUUGGCAAGGCAGAGCCGGCGAAGGAGGCAGAGAAAUCUGCCACCCCAGCUCCAGUUACCGCUGCUGUCUCUGAUCCCUCAACGGAGAAAGGUCCCGUCAAUGCAGAUACCAUCCUACAAUCUCCAACUUCGAGUGCUUGGCGGCGAGCACCAGAGUCGCUUUCAAGGCCUACCACACCCCGAUAUUUGAGCGAUAAAUUGGAGUCACUACAAUCACCAACCUCUACUGCAUGGAAGCCUACUGAUAUCGACCGGCCGAUUUUGUCCCAUAGAGGAUCUUCGAUUUCUCUAGCUUCCGCUGAGGAGAUUAAACAAGUCGAGCAGGAUCAGGCUAUCCCCGAAGAAGACGAGGAGGAGGAUGAGGAGGAUGAGGAGGAGGAUGAGGAGGACAGCGACGAGGAGGAAGAUAGCGAAGAAGACGCUAAGGAUAAAAAGAACUGA